AUGGCUACUGCGACAAGUAGCCGGACUAUGGAGUCCCGAACGGGAAGAUCCAAGCAGCGGGAGAGGCUUGUCGCUGGUGUUGUACCACUUACCGAGGAUCGCAAGUACGUCCUCCUCAUCCAGUCUGCGAGGAGGAAAGGCUGGGUGCUUCCCAAGGGUGGCUGGGAGUCGGAUGAGGAAUGCACGGAGGCCGCCGAGCGCGAAGCCUGGGAGGAGGCGGGAAUCAUCGACGGCUCCAAAGCUCUGUAUCGAUUCUACGAAGCCACCGUCACGAGGGAAGAGACCGAUUGGCCCGAGAGGCAUAAGCGGGAACGCCAGUGGUUCACCUUUAAGCAAGCCAAGGAAGCACUUUCCACGAGACCUGAGCUUCAGGAGGCCCUUGAACGGUCAACCAUGAAGCGCCACUGA